CCAUGUUGUCAAUGUGGAUAAAUAAAAGCGGUCCAACACCAACACGAAAUCUGAGUAGAACCCUAAUUUUUAUCAGUCCAAUAUCUAGAUAACAUGAUAAUUAAAUAAUAGGUAAUAGUUUAGAUGAUCUAGAAUUCUAGAUUAGGAUUACAAGAAAGAUGUUAUAAAAAGUUAGUUUUACAGAUAAAAAUUAGGAUAUUGCUGAGGUGUACACUAAUGAAAUUUGAUGUAUUCAACUCUGUCUUAAGACUUUGGAGCCAUAAUGUGAAAAACUUACAUUUCUUAAUUCAACAUGAGAAUGGGAUUUUAAAAGUUGAUGACUCUUUUUACUCAAAAUUCAGAAAUCUGUUAAAUAAAAAUAAAAUGAAUACAAUUUCAAGUUCCAAUGUCACUCCUCCACCCGAAGUCCAAGGUAUGAAAACUCUGGAUAGAAAAGCAUUCUCUACUAUAGUGAAAAUUCCAGGGAUAAAAGUGCCUAAGUCAGAAAUCAGUGCAGCACAGAAAGCAUGGAAGUCUUGUCUUUUCAAAAUGAAGGGAAUAAAACCUAUUGCAGAGCUAGGGAACAAUGAUCCACACAGAGAAACACACCACUUAAUACUCUUGGACCCAGGAAAAAUUGGUUCUGAUAAAUUGGCUCAGGAGCAAAAAGAAAUCCUGCAGAAUUAUGGUUUAAAUUUAGAUAGUCCAACUCUAUAUGAAGUAGUUCUUCAUUAUGAAAAUUGGUCAGUCUCUGAUAUUAUUAAAGCAGUUCUUCCUAGUGAUGCUGAAAAUGUGACAUCCUACUCCCAAGUUGGUCAUAUUGCUCACUUAAAUCUUAGGACUGAAAGUUUGCCAUACAAAACUAUCAUAGGAGAGGUACUGAUAGAUAAAAUCAGUACCAUUAAGACAGUAGUAAAUAAGCUGAAUGCAAUAGACAAUACAUAUAGAAAUUUCCAGAUGGAGCUUUUAGCAGGAGAAGACAACUAUGUAACUAGAACGAAAGAACACCAAUGCACCUUUGAACUAGAUUUCUCCAAAGUUUAUUGGAACUCUAGACUAUCUACAGAGCAUCAAAGAGUAACAGAAUAUAUUCCACAUCAUUCAGUUGUCUAUGAUGUGUUUGCUGGAAUCGGCCCCUUUUCAGUUCCUCUGGCUAAAAGAAAACGAUGUCAUGUUUUCACAAACGACUUAAAUCCACAUUCAUUUGAAUACCUCAAUAAGAAUUUAAAGUUGAAUAAGGUGGAUUUAAGCCUUGUCAAAACAUUUAAUAUGGAUGGGCGUGACUUCAUAAAAACUGUUUUCAAAGAAGAUCUUGUAGAACGAAUUAAAGAAUAUGCUAAAUUAAACAAUGAAAAUGCUCUUUACCAAGAUGCUUGCAAAUCAUUCGUCCUUAUGAAUCUUCCUGCUAUCGCUGUUGAGUUUUUAAGUGAGUUCAAAUCUUUGCUUCAUGAUUUGCCAGAUAGUUUGAGAAGCACUAAUCUGCUUGAGCAGACAUUGCCAGAAGUGUUGUGCUAUGCUUUUACCCCCAAAACUGAUGCAGAGGCAGAGCUGAAGCCCAGAGUAGAAACAUACCUUAAGCAUUCUCUUCCUGCUAACUACAAGUGUCGGGUUGUCAGAAAUGUAGCACCUAACAAAGAAAUGGUGUGCCUCUCAUUCCAACUGUGGCCUAGUCUUGUACUUGAAACAAAGGAUGAAGUAAACAUGGCUCAAGAUAUAAACACAGCCAAUAUUGAAAGUCAAAAUUGUGAACCAGAAGCAAAAAGAAUUAAGUGUAGUUGACAUUAAGUUUUUCUUCUCUGCCACGUAUGCAAGGUGAAUGGUCAGAAAGUGUUUGAACAAAACUGACAUUUGAAACUGCACCAUAAGAAAAAAAAAUAUUUUAAAGAUUUUAUUGUUUUAGUGUUAUUAUGUUUGUUCUACAGUUAACUGGAAUAGAUUAUUUUUUUCUCUUAGUAAUCACUAUAGAGACAUAAUUUUCCAAGUAUAUCUGAAUGUUUUAUUAAGUCAUUUAGAUAAAUUGAUACAUUAUACUUUUAAUAAAUAAGCAUUACACUUAGAAUAUUGUUCUUAUUCUAACAAAACAAUCAGUUACCAGUCAAAGCAAUAGACCAUUGUGCCAGAUUUUGUUGUAGUCGUCAUAUUUCGUAUACAGGUACACUAAAUACAUUUCAUUUAAUGUUCAGAGUGUUAUUUUAUCAAAUAACAGUGAAUGGAAUCUUCUUUCAAUAAAUUGAGAUCAAUGACUUGGUAAAGCUUAAUACUCUAACAUGCAUGACUAGGUUAACACAUGGAAUACAUUACAACUAAAACAAAUUAAUUACACUUAUCUUAUUCAUUGCAAACCAGUAACACAGACUAAAAACGCAAAAUACCUAUGUGUUAUAAUAAAUGAAAAACUGUCAUGGAAUCCACAUAUUGAUGAAACUACAAAAAAAUCAAACAAAGCAUUAGGAUUUAUUAAAAGAAAUUUCUAUAAAUCAAAUAAGAACAUAAAACUAAAAUGUUAUUUAACCUUGGUUAGGCCAAUAAUAGAAUAUGCAUCCUUCGUUUGGGACCCCUCAACUCAAGAAAACAUUAAGAAACUGGAACAGACACAAAAUAGAGCAGUGAGAUUCAUAACAAACGAAUAUUCACAUUUGACUAGAGUAACACCUUUAGUAAAAUCACUAAAUUUAGAAAGUCUUCAGGACAGAAGGCUCAAAAGUAAAGUAGCAAUCAUACAUAAAACACUGAACCAUAAUCAUCAAAUACAAAAACAAAAUUUAAUAAAAUACUCUGAAAGGCACAUUCCUCAUCCCAUAUGCUAGGACAAAUUUGUACAAAUACUCCUUCUUCCCUAGUGCUAUUAGAGCAUGUGAGCUAGCCAGGAAAACCAGUGACUUGGCAGAAUUUAAGUCAUUGGUUAAUAUGCAUGACUAAAUGCAUGACACGUAGGACGUAAUCAUUUUCUUUUUUGAAGUAACGUCUGUAUUGUAUAAGAUAAGAUGUAACUGUGAUGGUGAAUAUUUUUGACUGACUUAUUGUAAUGUUCUGAUAAACUCAGUUGUCUAUGUUGUUGUCAUAUUGAAUAAAUGAGUUAUUGAAAGAUGUGAAGGUUAGUCAUUUGACUGUAGAAUGGGGACUUGAAAGUUUGUUAGGACUAUGUAAAUGACAAUUUGAAGAAUAAAGUUUGCAGCUACACAGACAUGAAA